GUCACCGGUGUGGAGGGGGGGGUGCAGACGAGGAAGCAAAGCAAAACACUGGAGAAGGACGCUCACAAGUGAACAUGGCAGUCUUCAAGUGAUCGGGGGGCGUUUAUUUAAAGUCUAAAUUAGAUGUUUAUUGGUCAAACAGCAACACGUUUCAUAAGAACUGCCAAGAGCAAAGCAUUUAUCCGAAGGCCGGUUCUCCUCAUCCACGGCCAGUCCAGUAAACGAUCCGUGACCAUGUCCGAGCCGAAGCCCUCCUCGGACGGGAGGAGGCAGCAGAUGGAUGAGAGGGGUGGACACGCAGUGACCAGCGGCCACGCGGGGACCGAGCUCCCGGAAGAAGAGCUGCUCAUCCACAGAGUCCACGCACAGGCGUGCGAGGCAAAGCAGCAGAUGUACGUUGACCCUUCCAGCGGGUAUAAGGUGUUCACGGAGUAUGCCCACCUUCAGAGAGGCAAAUGCUGCGGCACUGCGUGCAGACAUCUUGCGUCCUUUCUGUGGCUGCAUUUGCUUGCACGUUUUCUCCCUCUCAUCACACCUCAGUGUCCGUACGGCCAGAUCAACGUGAAAGACGCUGCCAAGAAGAAGCGCUUCAACUCUCUGUUUUAUGUAUAGACUGAGCAGACAGAGGUAAAAAAGAAGAAGAAAGAUGCCUUUU